AUGAAUCCUCAAAUCUCCAACUUGGCCAUCAUGCUUGUCAUGAUGCAGGUUUCGCGCCGUCUCGAUAUGGAGGAUCCCACGAUUGUGCUGUACGUGAGAAUCGCCUACGCUACCAGUGUGGCGUUGGCGUGGACUGUCUACCAAUUGGCCAGAAACAAGAUUGUCAAGAAGAACGACCUGACCACGAUGAAGUACGUGGCCCCAGCCAACGCCAUGGCCGGCGAAACCGAGGGCAAACUGCAGGUCACCACUGUCAGAGACUACGACCUACAAGAGGUCGACUCGGCCAUCAAGUCCAUCUACACCGGUCUUGCCAUGAUGGGUUUCAUGCAUCUGUACAUGAAGUACACCAACCCCUUGCUCAUGCAAUCCAUCUCACCCAUCAAGUCUGCUCUGGAGCACAACGAGGUCAAGAUCCAUCUCUUCGGCAAGCCCGCUGCUGGCGACCUCAAGAGACCCUUCAAGGCCCCAUCGCUCUUUGGCGGCCUCGGCGGUGCCCCAGAGGCCAAGACCGACAAGAAGUCCAUCGAGGAAGCCGAGAAGGCCGGCCACGGUGGCGUCAAAGCCGAGUAA